UCUUCUCCUCUCUAACAGAUUCUCUCCGCUCUCGCGGGCGAAAAGUGCAGUGAAAAGUGGCUCCAAGGAAAUAAAAUAAUCCAAAAGUUAAUUUGAAUUUAAACUGCGAAUGUUUAUUACUUUUCGCAUACCGCGCAAUAAAAAAAUAUAUAUACUUCGUAAAAACAAUUGCGUUUGAUUGUAUUUCCCAUCUUAUUAUUUGUUUUUCUUUGCGAGCUGCAAAGGAAAAUUAAGAAUAAAAGGAAACGCUGAUAAGCACGAAGAACAACAAAAACAGUUGCAUUUGGCGCUUGCACCAAUUCACUGACCCACAUUGCACCAGAAACAAUUUAAAGAAGAAGACUGAACAACCACGCCCACACAAUACUAGUAAACUAGUAAAUCAAAAGCCACCGCUCAAAGAACUCGAAAAUACCAAAAACCCAAAUCCAAGGGAGACCAAGCUAAUCCAAACCAAGAUGUCAUCGCGUUCCAAGGAGAGAGUUGUCACUGCAUUCCGCAAAAUCUUCCAGAAGUCCAGCAAUAAUAACAACAACCAUAAUAAUAAUAACAACAAUAAUAACAACAAUGACAAGGUUGAUGGCGCCACUGGCAGCAGUCCGAACACAAACAAUAAUAACAACAACAACAACAACAAUAACAAUCACGAUGGGGCUGCUGCCUCCUCGGCAGGAGGCGGGGCAAUGGGCGGCGGAGCAGUGGGCGGCGGAUCAUCGGGAUCAUCUAGUGGCACCAAAAACGCAGUGGUCCGCAUGGCAGCCGAGCAGGCUGUUUGGGACUCUCCAGGCAAGCGGCGACGACAAGAUCACAAAGUGGCGCCGAUGACGGGACGACAACUGGUGGCGGCGCCGGAUCAGACUAUUCGAUCCCGCCGCCUCAUGAAGGAAUACCGCGAAAUGGAGCGACUGCAGACCAAGGAUGGCGCUGUCUUCACGGUGGAACUCGUGAACGACAGUCUCUUCGAGUGGCACGUACGACUGCACGUGAUCGAUCCCGACUCACCACUGGCCAAGGACAUGGCCGAGAUGGGUGUGCCGGCCAUCCUGCUGCACCUGAGUUUCCCCGACAACUUUCCCUUCGCCCCGCCUUUCAUGCGCGUGGUGGAGCCGCGCAUCGAGAAGGGCUACGUGAUGGAAGGCGGUGCCAUCUGCAUGGAACUCCUAACGCCCCGCGGAUGGGCCAGUGCCUAUACGGUGGAGGCGGUCAUCAUGCAAUUUGCUGCCAGCGUAGUCAAGGGUCAGGGCAGAAUUACACGAAAGCCAAAGAGUACAAAGGAGUUCACUCGCCGCCAAGCCGAAGAGUCGUUCCGUUCGCUGGUUAAGACACACGAAAAGUACGGAUGGGUGACGCCCGCCCUGUCCGAUGGCUAAGUGUCGUUUUCGGUCCGCAAGAAAACUCAGCUCAGAUGCUCUGCGUUUGCCAACACCCAACCAAUGCAAAUCAACAAUAUUCAGCCACCCAACAAAAGUCUCGCUCAUAGCAAUUCAUCAAGCCAUCAUCUAUACAUCUUUAUUCUACUCUUGGUCAAAGUAACAAACGAUUUCAAUUGCAAACCAUCCAUAAAGCAACCGGAGUAACUUUUGAAAACACAAGAAAAAAAAAAAAAACCGGAAGUAAAAACGCGCAUCAAGCAACAAAUUAGCUUAAAAUGUAACUCUAGAUCGUAGUCAUCAGUAAAAAGGAAUUUUCGCCGAUUACAAAGUGGAUAUUUAAGUAUUAUUAGUUGAGCAAAAACGAAAACCGAAGAACGGAUGAGCAGCCACUUUGCAAAUCAUUUUCAAUCGGCUAGCGCUAUAAAUUAAGUUACGUAUCGUUUACAGAAUCAAUUAGUCUGAUAUCUUGGUUCGACUGUGUUAUUAUAAUUUGUUGUGAUUUUUGUUAAAGUUAAACAAUGAAGAAACCAAAAUUCAACAGCUGCGAACACAUGUGUGUUCCUUAUAAAUUGGUUUUUCUCUUUAAGUUACGCAUAAUAAAUAAAUAUAACAUGUG